UUCCUGUCUAAAACCUAGGGCUAGGGAUAAAAUCCCAGAGUAAUGGCUGCCAUGGAGUAUCUCAAAGAAAUUAAAUUAUCGCAAUGGAUCUGAAGUUGUUCCUUUAUGUUGGCUCCUUCCUGUGUCUGAUUGUAUCUUUAUUCAUGACACCUCUGUCUGCACUACCUGCUUCACCAGACUAUUCACCAACAGCAGAUACAGUCCAACCCAGCAGCUCCGCCACUCCUCCACCAUUUUCCAUAUCAACAUCUACUCUACCAGCCAUCAGUGCCACAGCUCAACCUCCAGCAUCUACUCCACCACCUAACAGGUACAGCAUUCAACCACCAGCUUCCACGCCAGCAGAAUCUAUUUCCCUACUCAAUGGCUCUACAGCUCCACCAACAGUCUCCAUUUCAACAUCUACUCUACCAGUCAUCAGCGCCACAGCUCAACCCCUAGUAUCUACGGCAGAAUCUACUCCACCUAGCAGCUAUGCCACUUCAAAACCAGUUUCCAUACCACCAGAAUCUACUCAAGCUCUCGGCAAAUAUACCACUCCACCACUGGCCUCAGUUCUUGCAGCAGCUAUAUCUCCAACCAGCAGCUACACGGCUCCACCGCCAGAUCUCCUACCAACAUCUACUCUACCAUACAGCACCUACACUGCUGCACCACUGACUGCAUCUCCUCCAGGAUCCAGCAACUACUCUACUCCACCUCCAGUUUCCAUUCCCACAGCAGAUACAGGAAGCUCAGGAAUUCCAGUGUUUCAGGAUUAUCUACCGUCGACUUCAACAAGUUGCAGUUUAAAGCUUGGCAAUAAUACUCUACAGUUUGGUGAUGGGUUAAAAAUGCAACUUAUUCCUGGAGAGUGCAACUUGGUCUUGGCAAAGCUAUGCAAUAAUAGUAUUACAGAAGUUUUCUUUUCAGUAAGCAUCAGAAAGCAAGGAAAUGAGCCUGCUACAAGUAUUGUAGUGGAGAUCUAUGAGCAGCUCUUUUUUGUGAAGAUGAAUGGUGGCGAGAACGGUGUAUGGGUCAAUGGUUGGCUGACUGAUCUACCUGCCUACCUGAUUCCUCAAUCACUCAAUCUGAGCAGCAAUGGUUCUCUGUUAGUACUGGAGGCAGACUUCGGUCUGGUCAUACAGUGGAUCAAGAUGGCCUUCUAGAAAUUCUGCUUCCUAUUGGUUACCAAGAUAACCUAUGUGGUGGAUUGUGUAUGCACCAGAAUGCAACCAGUAAAGAUGUGGAGUGUCGUAUGAACGGCCCCAAGUCCCAAGCCAAUGCUAUGUAGCAGCAGCUGGGAAUG